GAGUUUUUUGUUCGUAAAAUUUAAAACUCUUCACUUAUAAAUUUAAUAGUUCGAACGGUUUAGUGUGAUCCGCUUUCACUGCUUACUUAAUUACUCAAAGAGUUUUUGUUUUGUAUUUUUGAAUGAUUCAUCACGCCGAUCUGUUGAGGUUUCGCUUCAUUAACUAUAAAAUGUCUGUAUGAAUUAUUUAUUUGCUAACGUUAUAUUCUUCUGCUAUGAUAUUUGUUGCAUCGGGUUAUCGAUUUAAUAUCUGAAAGAUGACUUAAACAGGUUCUUAAAUUUUCCUGCUACUUAGCUUCUUAUUUCCUCUUACCUCUCAUCCUCCUUAGGAAAUCAUGGCUGGUUGUUGUGGUUGUUGUUCAGCUUUACGUCCUCGUUAUAGAAGACUUGUAGAUAAUAUUUAUCCCUCAGAUCCUCAGGAUGGUCUUGUUCGUAAUAAUAUGGAAAAACUUACAUUUUAUGCCCUGUCCUCUCCAGAAAAACUUGAUCGUAUUGGAGAAUACUUAGCAUGGAAAGUGUCUAGAGACAUUGCUCGUCAUCGACAUGGGUUUGUUAUAAUUGCUAUGGAAGCUAUGGAUCAACUCUUAAUUGCCUGUCAUGCUCAAACUCUGAAUUUAUUCGUUGAAAGUUUUCUGAAAAUGGUACAAAAACUUCUUGAAUGUCAUGAACCUGACAUGCAACUACUUGCAGCUCAGUCGUUUGUAAAAUUUGCUAACAUUGAAGAGGACACUCCAUCUUAUCAUCGUCGUUAUGAUUUCUUUGUAUCGAAAUUCUCUUCUUUGUGUCAUUUUUGUCAUGAUGAUCUCGACAUGCAAAACAGACUGAGAGUUGCUGGUUUGAAGGGGAUCCAAGGUGUUGUGAGAAAAACAGUCAGUGAUGAUUUACAAGUGAAUAUUUGGGAUGAUACUCACAUGGAAAAAAUCAUCCCUUCAUUGUUGUUUAAUAUGCAAGGUCACUGUGGAGGCUUGACAGAAACACCGGAUUCCCCUCAAGAAGAAUCAAACCCAUGGUCUCUGGCUGAAAAUUGUAUCAGGGAGCUCAUGGGACGAGCUACUUUUGGAAAUGUUCCUUCUGUUAUUAGACCUGUUUUGAAGCAUUUAGAUAAUCAUGAAUUAUGGGACCCCAAUGAUUUUGCUGUUCAUACCUUUAAGAUUAUUAUGUACUCAAUUCAGGUUCAAUAUUCAUAUGCUGUCAUUCAGAUACUAAUGAGUCAUCUGGAUGAAAAGUCUAGAAUGGAUGAAUCAGAAAAGAAAAGAAGAAAACCAAAAGCAGAUGCCAAAGUUCGAACAGGGAUAGUUAAUGUGCUUGCUAAUAUAGUUUCUAUAGCUGCAGGGGAAAGUAUAGGCCCCUCAGUUCUAGAAAUUUUCAAUUCGCUGCUUAAUCACUUGAGGCAUUCGAUAGAUGUACAUUCUACUAAAGAGAAAGACCUAAUUGAUGAAAAACACUUCCAAGAUUGUGUGAUCAAUACUUUGGGUGAAUUUGCAAACAACUUGCCUGAUUUUCAUAAAAUAGAAAUUAUGAUGUUCAUCAUGGGUAAAGUGCCUAAGGUACCUCUUACCGCAGGUGAAUCCCAAGAAGCUGAUGUACUUUUGCAAAAGAUACUUUUGAAAAGUUUAUUGAAGGUUGGAACAAAAUACAGUACAGUUCAAAUGUCUCAGGCAUUUCCUUCAGCUUUUCUUCAACCCUUGCUGCAGAUGUCAUUAGCUUCUGAUACAUCUGUGAGAUUAGUUGUUCAACAAAUUCUUCAUACAUUGCUUGAUCGUCAUGAUUAUUUAGCAAUUCUUACAAAAUUAUGUAUAUCUGGGCCAUUGCCGGAAAUAAAGAUUGAAAAGUGCUCAAGGCAAGACACCAUGUUCUUUAAAAAGAAUGGUCCUGAUGUAUUGAUGCACAUGUAUGAAAAUGUGCAAUUAGCCAACAAUACAGCUGAAAAUUUUGAUGCCAUUUAUGUUACUUUAGCUUUAAUCUGUGUUGAAUUUGGAACUGACAGUGAUGUUCUUAUUGAGUUAAUUCGCUUAAUUUUCGCAAUUCAGGAUUUGCCUGCAAAAUCAUCUCUGCUGUCAUCUGGUCAACACUGUGCAAUGCAUAUUUUAGUGGCGGGAUUUCUCUAUUUCUUAGGACAGCUUACAGCAAUUCCCCUCUUCUGUUCCCAUAUUGAUCAAAUUAUAAAAAAUCGUUUAGAAAAAGCUCCUCAGCUACUUCCAGAUGACUCUCUUACCUUUGGUUUGUUCAAUUCUAUUCCUGACAACAUUGAUGAAUCCCUUUUAUUUGAUAAGACAAUCAUAGCUGAAGCCUUGCGAAACAGUGGGCAUGAUACAACCCGUUUACUUACACCCUAUAUUCCUCGACGAGUGGGUCAAGUCACUGUAACUCGAAGCGUUAGUGAUCUGAACUCUAUUAGCGUUGAAGUUGAUAGCGUAAACUCUUCACCUGGCAUUCCUAGAAGGCAUCCUGAGGAAGAAAUAACUGUUGAAUCUCUCAAAAGAAUGCUUGCUGAAUCGCCUACUGCGAAGAGACAAGCUGAAGAUGAGCGUCGUUUGCGAGUCAUUGAAGAGUUCAGAACUGCCGCCUUUGAGGAUCUUGUAGCUAAAGCUGAACAGCAGACUGUUGACCUCCAAAACAAGCUUAACGAAAUAUUCGGAAGAAGUCCUGCUGCUGUUGAUAUCUCAUCAAGGCCGAAUUCGCCUCAUCCAACUAGCAGAGAAGGAGACAGGCAAACACCCUUAGCACCACCUGUUUAUAAUAUCAAAUUUCCUAAUCACUUCAUUUACUAAUUUCCUUUCAACAAGAAAAAUGAGAACUGUUGCAUUCCUGAACAAUAUUUUUAGUUGUAUUUUAUUUCUUCUUGCUUAUAAGCUUAAAAAAUUGUUACUACUUAAUUUGAAUUCUUAGUUUUUAAUGUUACAUUACAAAACACUUUCUAUAUAAAUAAUGUGCCUGUCUACUCAUUUUACUGAUUAUCAAAUAUAUGUCGUAUUUUAAGAGUGAUUUUACAAUUGAAAAGAUUCUAAAUACGUUUGACUUCUCGGCAUUGAGUGUUUAAUUUUUAAAAAGAAAUGUUAAGCAUUUCCACAACAGCCCAUUGUGGGCAAAGGGGUCAUAGUGAUUAAGGAUCGACUAUUUGGUGACCAGCAACAUGUAGGCAAUGCUAACAGCAUUGCCCUUCAGCAGUCUUUAUUUUCCAGACUUUUAUCCCCCUAUCUGAACUUAAAAUACUUAUAAUUUAAAAGUAUGUACUGUAAAAAAAUGAAUUAAAAUUUUUUCUUUCAAAAUAGUUUUUACAAGCAGAAGUUUUUAAAAAUUAUAAAAUAUUGAAAUUUAUUUUAUUCAUUCCUUUUUAAUAUCUUCUAAUGGAAUAGCCAAUUAUAUCCUAAGUCUUAUGUUAUAAGAAAAGAUUUAUUAAGUUUCUGACAGAUUGUAUUUUUCAAUUGAGUUUUUUAGGGAUUUCAUUUCCCCUCACAGCCCCAUUUAUAUCCUGUUAAAUUUACAACCAUCUAAAAUUCACUGCAGUAAACAAAAAUAAAAAUUGCUGUUUCUCUAGGUAUUUAUAGAUUUCUCAUUAAAUACCUAUUGAGUAGUAAUGUAUAGAUUUUAGGUAAAAUAUGAAUAUCCUCUUGUUACUAGUCGGAUAAUAAUGUCCAUUCAUGUAAUCUAUGCAUGUAUAUGUGGAUUUAUCUUGCUGUGAAAAAAUAAUAGUAAAGUUUGUCAAAAAUUUUAAUUAAAUAAAUUGUUUAAAAUAAGUUGAUAUUAAAGAAAUUGGAUGUUAUUAAGGUUAUAAUAAGUAUGAAAUGCAUUAAUUAAAAUAAAUUUUUAAAGGAAACUUUUUAUUACAUAAAAAACUAUAUUUUACAUUUUGUACUAUUACCAAAGAUAUUGAAAGAUUCAGUAGCAUUUUUUUUUUUAAUAUUAGAUUUAAGCAAAAAAUAGUGGGUCAAAAUAGAAUGCCAUUUUUUUAGUACCAAAAGUAAGAAAACUUUUAAGUUUAUAUAUAAUUAUAACCAUUAAUUUCUUACUCUAUUUAGACACAAAGUCUAAAUAAAAAUAUUCUAUAUAUGUAUUAGUGUUGCAAAACUUUUUAGUUGAAUCAGUGGCAGAUUGGCUUUUAAAUCAUUUUUUGCCAGGCAAUGUAUGUAGGACUCAUUAGGAGUAAAAAUGUCCCAAUCUAUGACUUAUUCUUGUUCAAAGAUCACAAUUCACGCAAUCCUUUAUGCUUUAAGACACACUGUCAAUUCAAGUUUUUGUUUAUAAUAUCAUUAUUAACCAUAUUAAUUUAGAGAGAUUAUUAAGAAUGUUAUUGGGAAUCAUUAAAAUUUUAUUGAAAGUAUAUUCUAUGUGGAAAAAUAUUUCAAAUAUAUUUCAUAUGAUAAAUGGAAACAAAUAUAUAUAUAUAUAAUUUCUCUUCUAUUUUAUGUUUUAAUUGCAGCAUUCAAUCAGUAAAAUGGUGUUCAAUAAUUGAAGUCUUAAAUUUUUCUAUUGUUUUAGUAUCUUUUCUUUCAUUUUUGUACUGUAAAUUUUUCUACUAAGAUUUUAUAUUUAAAACUAAUUCUCAGAGUAAAAAUCCUAAAAGAAAUGGGGUUUUUUCCUAAAAUUGAAAUUAGUUUAUGUUGCAUAUUGAUUUAAAGCAGUAUUUUAGCAACUUCCUGAAAAUAUCUAUGCCUUGUUGAACUGUAGGAUUUGCAAAUAGAAUGUGUUAGUGCUUUUGGGUAUACUUUCAAUUUUAAGUCAUGUUAGUAUUAUUUUAUGUUUAAUGAUUGUUUGAUUACUUAAUUAGUUUAUAUCAAUUUAUUACAUAUCUUAAGUUUGAUUGUAAUUUUGUGUAUAAAGAGUUUUUUAUUUAAAUAUUUUAUAUCUUGUUAACUAUAUGUCUAGAAUCUUUAUGAUUAAAUUUUAAGUAUUUAUUUUAUUUGUUAUUUUUUAUAUUAAUAUUCUUUUUUGCGUGUAUACUCAUAUAUAUACAGUAAACACCCAAAUAUUUAAUAUUCAGGGAUAAAUUGUCAGAAAAAAUAAAAAUCAUCUGAUAUGUUGAGAAAUUUAUUAAGUAAAUUUUCUAAAUGAAAUUAUCAAAAAUAGAUUGCGGUAAAAAAUUAAGCAAAUAAAAUAUAAGAAAGUAACUUAUAACAAAAGCUAAUAUUUAAAUAAAAACAAGGCUACUUUAAAGGAGAGCAAUCUAUAUUUGUGUAAAUUUGGUUAAGAGUAUUUAUUUUUUUCUUUUAAUGCUUAAAACUUAAGUGUAGCAUAUUAUUGUUAACUAAAAUUUUUGAAUAUUCGAAAGUUUACUGCUUAGUCAUGAAACUACUAAUGUAUUUAUACUAAUAACAAAUACACAGCAGACUUAAAAUUUAAUUACAAAACACUGUCAUAGGUAAAUUAUUACCCAUAAAGGUCUCUUCAUGUUAAUGAGCUAUUUUAUGCGAUAAGCUAAUAGACGAAAUUCUUGUAAUUAUUUGAUUUAUUUUCUUUUUUAUAAAGACGAUUUAUACUUAUGGAAUCAUUUGCAAAAUAAUUUAUUUUCCUAAUUAAAAAAAUUGGCAUUUUGCAUAAAUGUUUAGUUAUUAAAGAAUUUACAAAACUAAUUCACAAAAGUCUGGUGUACUAUGUUUUUGUACAAAAAAAUUAUUGAUAAUGAUAAUUUCAAACAACAUAUGUUUUACCAUAGUAAUAGCUAAAAAUUUUAUAAAGUUUACAUUUAUUUAGACUUGAUUAAUUGUUGACUUUUUCAUUCAAAAUAUAUUUCAACUGAUAAUUCAAAUGAUCAAAAACAGUAAGUAUCUUAAUAUUGACAUUAAGUUUUUAUAUUUUGUGAUUUUUUAUUUUGCAAUAAACUGUUGUUUACUGAAAAA